UGCGGCCGCGAGCGCGUGGCGGCAUCGAUACGCAUCGCUGGGCCGUAUUACCAGUACACAAGUCGUCAUCUGACCACUCUCGAGCUCUGCGCCCAAUUUCAGCGUCUGGCAGACGCCAGACGCCGCAACACAAGCACUGCCUCACAGCCACCAGCAUUAGACGGCGGAGAAUGGCCGCAACCGACAGAGUAGCCGUGAUCGGCGCCGGCCCCAUCGGCUUGUAUGCCGCCUUCCGCCUUGUAAAAGCUGGUCAUAGAGUCGUGAUCUGGGAGAAGGGCUCUAUCGGCGCGAACGUCGAGCAGUGGGGCCACGUGACGCUCUUCUCCGCGAUGGCCUUGAACCUGCCCGACGAUUGUAGAAAAGCGCUGGAGACGGGUCUGGAGGGCGCGCCGCCGCGCUGCGUGCCCUCUGAAGACGCUUUUUUGACGGGCCACGAGUUUCGCAGGGACGUUUUAUUACCUCUCGCCUCGUAUUUGGAAGCGACGGGCCGCUGUACGAUUCAAGAACAUUGUAGUGUGGUCGGGUUAGCUCGAGGCCACCUCCUGAAGAAGGAGGGCAUCGGUGCCGUCGGAGAUUCACGUAGGGAGACGCUUCCCUUCCGCGCGCUCCUGCGACGGAAUGACGACGAGGCCUGGGAGGAGGCGAUGGCGGUCGUCGACUGCAGCGGCACAUACGCACCCGAAACGGCGCAAAGAUCCGGUUCUGGUGGGUUGAGUGCGCCGGGCGAGGCGAAGGCGGAGGCUCUUGGUUUGGUGUCGCGCGUCAUUCCAUCUCCUGGUUCCUUCAAGGGCAAGCGCGUCGCUGUGUUAGGUGGCGGCUUCUCGGCCAUUACCACAAUAAGGAAGCUCGCGGACGAAAACGUGGAGACCGUCUGGCUCGUGCGCAAGGCCAAGAGCGAAGCGCCCUACCAGCGCGUCGAGGGCGACCCCUUGCCUCAAAGAGACGCGUUAGCGGCCUACGGCAACGGCCUGGCGAGUUUAGGCACGAGCGGCUCAUUAGAAUGUGUGCGAGGCGCCCGCAUUCAGAGAAUCGACGUCGUGCGGAACGCCCUCAAGCUGACGCUCACGGACUCCACAAUUGUAGAAGUGGACCACCUCGUCUCCUUGACGGGUUAUCGGCCGAAUGCGGACCUGUAUCGCGAGCUGCACGUGCACCAGUGUUACGCGAGUGACGGCCCGAUGAAGCUCGCGGCGACGCUCCUCGCGGCGGCGGCGGGCGGCGGCGGCGGCGACUGCCUCAAGCAGGCGGCGCCCGGCGCUGCCACGCUGCGCAACCCCGAGCCGCGGUUUUAUAUAUUGGGCAUGAAGAGCUAUGGACGGAACUCGUCCUUUUUGAUGAGGGUCGGCUACGAGCAGUGUUCCUUGCUCGUGGACGAGCUCGCGGGCUGCGCUACGUUAGAUCCAUUUAAGGCGCCGCCGGGCGCGCCGGACCCGCCGUGCGACGACGCGGCGGCGGGGGUCGGGGUAGCGGUGGCGUAAGAAGAGUCUCUCUAUUUUAUGUUAAA